AUGCCCAGUCAUCUUACACCCUUCAUCCCUUACAUUGAAAAGUGUUCUGACGAUUCUGAGACCAAAAUACCACUUCUUGGACAAAGUCCUAGGGGGAUCCAAUUAGAUGCUCUUCGCAGCUGGCUUCGAAUUUGCAGCACACAGCAUGGACUUUUAUGUCAAGGGGAUAGCCAAGAGGAACAAGGCUCGUGGAGUGGGCCUUUGCUCCUUAUAGACGUUCAGAAACAGUGUUUGGUACCCGUGGCUUCACAGACGAGAUAUGUUGCCUUGAGCUACGUGUGGGGCCAGUCCCAGUCUUCUUGCACCACGAAAGAGACUGUCAAUAUCCUCUAUCAAGCAGGUAGUCUCACCCACGGACCAAUUGAUCUACCUAGCACGGUCCAAGACGCAAUAGAUCUAGUGCUUGGUCUCGGCGAGCGCUAUCUGUGGGUAGACAGAUAUUGCAUUGUUCAGGACGACAGCAUUGCGAAACAGUGCCAGCUGAAUGCGAUGGACAAAAUUUAUGCUAACUCUUUCUUCACAAUCUUUGCAGCGCAGAAUGAAGAUGCAGCAGAUGGACUUUAUGGCGACCGAAGGGUCCUAUCCAACUGCGGUUCAGAUAAAACAGAUUUCUUCCUUCGUCAAAGUAACCGUCAAUUCAUGUUAGGCCAUGCAAGAAAGUUGAUGCGGAGCAAAUGGUAUUCUCGAGGCUGGACCUUCCAAGAACAUUUAUUUGCUCCCCGAAGACUGCUCUUCCAUGACGACACCGUAAACUGGGAAUGCGGCUGUGCUGCUUGGCAUGAGGGACAGGAUCUUUCCGUUCUCGAGGAUGACCGAAGGCCCCCAUUGAGCAACCCCAAACCCCGAUCUCAAUAUAUCACUAUACCACGGACUGGCUUUGACUGCACCCCUUGGCCAGAUAUGUUCAGAUACUCGCGUCUAGUAUCCAUGUACAAUCGGCGAGACCUAACGUUUCCAGAAGAUGUCCUCGAUGCCUUCACCGGAACUCUUUCCUACUUGAGUAUCAUAUUCGAGGGCAGCUUCAUUUGUGGCUUGCCACAGUUCUGCUUCGACGCGGCUCUUCUCUGGCAGCCAUGGGAUGUACUUGAGCGUCGUAUUAGCGCAAAGCGAAUAGCCCCUGAAGCGGUCCUUCCGAGUUGGUCAUGGGUAGGAUGGUCAGGAACAUUAAACUCAGAAAGCUGGAGAAGUACAAGCACGUACAUGAAAGAGCCUUUAGAUGUUCCGAAUAAGAAUGCGCAGUGUUCGUGGAUGACCCGAAGUACAGUUUCUUGGACUCACUCGGAGACACUAUACGGCAAACAAAGACCCGUCAGAGUUUCAGCCCUGGUAUUGCAGCCUUUACUUAAUGCUAAUAGAGUAGAGCUUCCUAAGGGAUGGUCCCGGCACAUUGACAAAAAUGACGAGAUCGUGUAUCGACAUGACUGUGACCCUGCCCAAGACUUCCGAUACCCAAUUCCUAUCCGCGACCAACACCGCGCCCACAUGCCGCCCAUGAACUCCCGCUACCUUCACACCAAAACCCGCCGUGCCUUUUUCAAACUUGGAGAAGCAUACAGCAGUAUUGCAUCCGUCUGCACCGCCGUCGACAUUCUCGACUCCAGCGACGCUUGGUCCGGGGCCCUACGAAUCAACCAAAGCUCAUCCGAAGACAAUAUAUUUACAUAUUUAAACACUUCAGUAGAGCUGGUAGAGAUAUCAGCCGGGUCGGUGAAGAACCAGGAUGUUGAGGAAAAUUGCUUUGAGGAGUGGAAUCGAAAGCAGUGUCCGAGACAUCUGGGAUUGUAUGAGUUUUAUAAUGUUCUGUGGGUGGAGUGGCGAGAGGGAGUGGCGUAUCGGAAGGCACUUGGGAGGGUGGAGAUGAGUGCUUGGGAGAAGGUUGCCAAGGAAGUGAUCAAUCUGGCUCUUGGAUGAAUAG